UGAACACGGAGAGCGAAUUUGGUCGCGUCGUUUCGCAGCAAAGAACAUUCUCAUACUCUGGCUCUGAUCCAUCAGCACUUUAUUUCCCGGAGACAAUAUCGACGGAAUCAUUGAAUCAAAGCUCAGUACAUUUGGAAAUGACGGAUUUCGAAACUGAAAAGCCGCUGAGGAAGAUAUCGGAGGCGUUUAAGGAGUUAGCUGCUACUGUAAACUCACAAUCUGCUAUUGUUGAAGUCGCUUCAUUCUCUCGCGCUUGCUCUCUCGUCUCUCCUCUAUUUGGCUGCUUAGGCAUCGCCUUCAAGUUCGCCGAGAUGGAUUAUGUUGCUAAGGUUCGUGAUCUUGCAGACGCAUCGAAAUUGAUUGUAACCUUAGAUGCUUUGCUGGAUAGGGAUAUGGAACAAAACACUGUGAGAAAAGCGGGUAGUCAUUCAAGAAAUCUUUUGAGGGUAAAGCGUGGACUUGACAUGGUCAAGGUUCUAUUUGAGCAAAUUAUUGUUACAGAGGGAAAUUCUUUGAGGGACCCAGCUUCCAAGGCUUAUGCACAAGUAUUUGCUCCUCACCAUGGGUGGGCUAUUAGAAAAGCUGUUGCUGCAGGGAUGUAUGCCCUUCCUACAAAAGCACAACUUUUAAAUAAGCUGAAUGAAGAUGAAACCUCAGCGAGGAUUCAAAUGGAGAAUUAUAUUGCUGCAUCUGCGCAAGUCAUUCUUUACAUUGACAAACUCUUCCUAUCUAGAGAAUUGGGCAUAGAUUGGUGAACUGUCUGGCUUGCCAUUGAUAUGUAUGUAUUACAAUCGUCUUUUUCCCUUUUAUUUCUCUCUUUCUCUCUUGUACCAGACCAGCAGGUUUCAUAUUUUUUAUGAGACCUAUGGAUAUUAUUUAUUUGGCUUUUUUAUUUUCAAAAACAUGAUAUUUAGAACUCAAAUAUCAAAUCCUGCCGAACAAACAAUUGUGUCAUGCAGAGCUUAUUAUAAUAUUUAUUUUUUUUUUUAUUGUA